CACAACCCGGCAGCUUCGACGCGACGAUACCGUUUCGCGUCCACCAAUGUCCUCAGUCAUCAGUGAUAUCAGGAAUGGUGCCCCGGUAGGACUUUAGCUGCAUCCCCCUCCUGUGCGAUCAUGUGCCUCGAGUAGUCCUCAAUCGCUCGAAAUGAUAUUCUCGAAACGCCUUCCGAAACGCAGCCGUGCUGGGCGGAGUAGAAGCCCGUAUGGGAGUCGCGGAUGUGGAGGUGGGAGCAAGGGUAAAUGUUGGUCGAGCAGUGAUCCAGCCGAGAAGUCCUCGUCAGAGCCGAUCCUCGACUCGAGCCGCGUCCAGUACUGGCAGGACCCGACGAGCGUCCUCACCGUCGACGAACUAGCCAGACAUUGCCGCCGCCGCAUCCCCCGCGACGCCGCCCAUAUCAAACUCGAGUCCGGCUCUUUCGCCCACCUCAAGAGCGAGUACAAGCGCCGCUUCAAGGCCCAUUCCUUCGAAGCCAUCCUUCAGGCCUACCACGGUCACAUGGACAGCUUCCUCCGGAAGAUCCGCGGAAAGCCCCGAGAGCAGAAACCCAACUUCGGUAAACUCGGUCAGGUCGAGUCGGAACAGCACGAGCAGUUCGUUCCGCACGAGGGUGCACAGAGAGCCGAGCUCCAGCGUAAGAACACACUCCUCCAAUCGGAGGGCGAGUUCUCCAAGGACGGAACCGAAGUUCAGAGUUCGUAUCGUGGCUAUGGUAAUGUAGAACGGAGCGAGCCAAUCAGACAAUCCAGUCACCUGAGGAUGGAGGGCGACCUGGAGACAGCCACGGAGCAACACGACCAGUUCGGACCGAAGAAUGGAGAGAGGGCACGAUUACUCCGGCGCGGCACCCAUAUCCAGAUCCCGACCGAGGACAUGGAGACCCGCACGGAGAACCACGACCAGUUCGUGGAGCAUCCCGGGGCCUCCCGCAGCGAACCGCUCCGCCACCCGGAAACACUCCGCAUGGAGGGCGACAUCGAGUUCCGGCCCGAGUACGACGAUCAGUUCCGCCACCCCAACGCAGAGCGCCCUCUCUUCCCGCGCCCGCAAACGCACCUGCAGACCCAAGGUGAGUUCGACCCGAGCACUGAGAAAGGAGAGCACUUCGUCAGGUUCGAGACCCCUCGCCCCUUGUUCCCCCGACCCCAGACCCAUCUCCACCCUGAGGGCGAGUUCGACGCGAGCACGGAGAAGGGCGAGCACUUCCAGAGGUUCGAGGCGAAUCGUCCGCUGUUCCCGCGCCCUCAGACCCACCUCCACACGGAGGGCGAGUUCGAAUCCAACACUGAAAUGGGGGAGCAUUUCCAGAAAUUCGAAGCUAAACGACCCCCGUUUCCACGACCUCAAACACAUCUUCACACGGAGGGUGAGUUCGAUCCAAGCACGGAGAAAGGUGAACACUUCCAAAGGUUUGAAGCGAAUCGGCCGUUGUUCCCACGACCUCAGACCCACCUCCACACGGAGGGCGAGUUCGAAUCCAACACUGAAAUGGGGGAGCACUUCCAGGGAUUCGAAGCAAAACGACCCCCGUUCCCACGACCUCAAACACACCUCCACACGGAGGGCGAGUUCGAAUCCAACACUGAAAUGGGGGAGCACUUCCAGAAAUUCGAAGCUAAACGACCCCCGUUUCCACGACCUCAAACACACCUCCACACGGAGGGUGAGUUUGAUGCGAGCACGGAAAAAGGGGAGAAGUUCGUGGACCCGAAGGCAGACAGACCGUUCUUCCCGCGGCCAAAGACUCACUUGCAGCCCGAAGGAGAGCUGGAGGCGACGAGCGAACAAAAAUCCGAGUUCAAAGGAAUCCCUGAGCCGAGAUCGGAGCUUGCAAGACCGCCAACCAGUCUUCGGAUGGAAGGUCGGAUCGAGGCUGACCCCGAGUACAGGUCGACUUUCGUGAACCACCCGCGUGAGAGGGCUGUGGCGGGGAAGAUCCCGGACCGUCUGCAGCGGCCCAGCGGAGGCUACAGGGGGCAGAAGACCGAAAACCGGGAGAACUUCGUGCAGCACGGCAUCGUCAAGGCCGAUAAAAGUCGCCCGAAGACCCAUCUGCGGAUGGAGGGGGACUUCUACGCGGAUCCGGAGUACAAGACUAACUUCACCGACCGCCCGCUCGAGGAGAAGAACUUCGCCCAGAGAAAGCUCCACCGGGAAGGCCCCGACCACAUCGACUUCGACGGGUACAACGAGACCGCCUUCAAAGUUCUCUCCGUCUCGUCCUCGUCCUCGCCCUCCGCUAACAGUACCGACGACUCGAAAAACCGGUCAAGAAGACGAAGAGUAAAUAAGAACGAAGAGCGGCCCUCAUAUCGGCUAGAGGUCUGUCCUGCCGAUGGUGAAAGUACGACAAAUGGCAAACCAUUCAAGAUUGUAGCAGACCCUAACAACAAUCUCCAACCUCAAAGCAAUUGGACAAUUAACACUGAACGGAGAAGGAAUAAAAACAAAUGGGUCCCCUCAUGGGCUGGCGAAGACAAAAAAUGAAGAUGAAUUAUUUAUACCAAAAAUGUUUGUAUUUUUAAAGAUAAAAAGCUAAAAUUGAAGGGACUCGUAUGUUUACAGAGUAAUUUUUGGUGAACCAUCAAAUUACCAACCCUCCCCCUCCCUGUUUGAACUAGCAGACACACAUUCGACCGCGAUGUACUGACAAUCAUUUAAUAAGUUUAUUCUGAAGCUAUAUGCAUGGUGAUGCAUUCGUAUCUGGGUGCAUUUUUGAUGCAUAGGCCCCAUGAACAGGCACUCAGGAGGGUGUGCGGGAUUAUUCGUGUAAAUUGGUGAGAAUCAUCAAAUAAUGGAGGCUGGAUAUCAAAAUUACAGAACCAGAAGCCCAACGACCUUGCCAAACUAGAAAUAGCAAAAUCACUGCAGCUAUAAAACAUAACAGUGACCAUGCUAUCAUAGGACACAAAUUGCUCAUUAAAUUACCAAAUGACGGAAGAAACCUGCAAAGGAACUGAAGUUCCAAAUGAAGGUAAAAGAAUAUUUUAUAGAAAACAUGUCCAUAUACUUUCAAUGAAUUCAUAUUAAAUGUGGACCUUUUAAACAGCUCAACUUGGUAGUAAGCUGAUGUUGUACCUGGAUGGAUUUUAAAGUAAUUUUACUUUUCAAAUUACUCAAGAGCUAUCAUUGCUCAGGAAAAAACCAAACUAGGUACAUAUCAUUAAAAACGCAAAUACACUCAACUUUUUAAUGAGCUAUAGUUUAUCAAAUUUGGUUCAUGUCCUGCAAAGAAAUCAUAACUUUUGCCAAGUAAAGAUUUUUAGGGGACCAAUAUACGGAGGUAAUUGCAGUGAUAAGAAAAAUGCAAGCAUUUGGCUGGUGACAACAUCAAAAAAGUGAAGAGAGAUUCUGUAAAAUUAAUGUUAUUCGAUGAGACAUUGUCUCUAAUUUACUUUUUCUACAACUUUGAUUUAUUUUUUUUGUGAAGUUCUGCAGCAAAUGAUAACUGGAUGCAUUGUUUGGAGGAGAGGCGUGUGUGAAAAAUGUAUGAUUUCUCUGCAAUGCUAGAACCAAAUUCAAGAAACUUUAACUUGUUAGAAAGCUGAGAAUAUGCAUAUUUCAACACAAGUUUGGUUCAUUCUCAGCAUUGAUAGUUCUUAAGAAAUAAAAUAAGUAAAUUUACUUUACAAUCCACCCUUGUACCUAAUAAUAACCAUGUAAAAUAUGAUGCAUUUGUAAAAUCCUUUUAUGCAAAAGUCAAAUAAAGAAAAUUAUGUUAUU